GCGUUACAGCAGUACUGUCGGUCCAUGGAGAAGGUAAACAAGGUUGAAAAAGCCUUCAGUGAUAACUGAUAAUUUAAUACAUUGACGGUAUGUCUUAUAGUUACGCUUAAGCUCGGCUGUUGGUAUGAAGAUGUUUACCUGGAGCAUGCAGUGAUUACAAUGUCGUGACAUUCUGCAAUGAAGACAGCAGGAAGAGUUCACUGGUUUAAAUGGGACAUUUCUUGGGAUCAUUAACCCUGACGGAUUUGUUGCAAUGGGACCCAUUCUACAAGAACGAACCACAUCGACAAUCCUGAAGAAGGUACCAGUUAAAGAGAAGGUUAGAGUGAAAAAUUCAGAAAAUACUGCGAUUGAUACCAGCAACAAUAAAACAGCAAGCGAAGUCAGUCAAACCCAGAAACCUCAGAAGAAAACAAGCUCGUUGCAUAAGAAUGUCAUUUCAAGGCAGGACAUGGAGCCCAUGCACAGAGCUGAAAUUAAGGUCCAACACAGCAACCGAACAAAGCAUGUCAAGAGCCCUAACACUGGUACAUACAAGAUGCUCCAUACACAGUUUGAAGCUGAUGUAAAGCAUCCAAGGUCCAAGCCAUCUCCAUCAGAAUGGGAAGAGAAGAGGCAGAAGGUGCAGCACCAGUCCCCAUGCUGCAUUCAGGUUGAGCAAAACUAUGCAGCCCGAGAAAAGAGCCGGCGUGCUUUAUCACUUCCGCUGGCUCCUCAUCAGAUCCGCUUGCCCGAGACUGUCCGAGACCUUGGGUCCCUGCACCUCCUGGAGCACAAAGAGGAUGACACAGACAGUGCCAGUGACCUGUCCGAUUCAGAGAGGCUCCCUGUGCUGCCUUCUCCCUGCACCCCUCCUCAGCUCAAUCUCAGAGCAGAAAUCGUUGACUCAUUGGACCUGCAUCCACAUAUCCCAGGCCCCAGGCCAGUACAAACAGAAAGUGAUGCCUACAAUUAUCCUGAUUUCCUACCUCCACCUUUCAACACCUGGAGCCUGAGGCAACUUGCCAUCUUCUUGAACACGGAGGGGAAACAUGCACCGCGUCCCAAACCAGUUGGCCAGCUUGAGGUGUUCCUGGAACGUUUACUGCAGCUAGAGUGGCGCCAGAUCCAGACCAUUCAGAAUGAGAGCAGCCAACCCACGGCAACCAGUGUACGUUCUAGAGUUCGUGCCCCUAAUGGCCCACAAAUAUCCAGCCUUAAUCGGCCUCACACUGCACCGCCUACUCGCCUCAGCUCCCCCAAAAGCAUGCGCCAGAGUCAGCGCCCUUUCCCUUUAACUCUCCUAUCAUCCCUGGGCAGCCAAUCAUCAUGCCAGCUCUCUCGCUGCCUCUACUGCCAUGUACGCUACCCACUGUGCAAUGGUAGCUGUUCUUCAUAUACCUACCAGCGGCAUUCCCGCCUCAGUCCGCUGCUGGAGCGCAAAACUUCACCCAGCAUUACGCACAAAAGAAGCAAUAGUGAAAGUAGGGCUUCAGCCUUGGAAAACAAAGCGAUGGGUCGACCUCACUGUCCUGUAAGCCCAAAAAUCCACCAAAAACAAAUGGAGGCUGUUGGAAAUCUGCAAAACGUUUCUCAGGAGCUGAGUAUGAAGAGCAAAAGACAACCUUCAGCCUGGAAAGGGCACAAUGGGAAGGCUGCUGAAGCAGAGAGUCCCAAAGAUCCACCUGUGGGAGCAAGAAGUGCACUUGACAAACGUGUUGUUGCUGCUAAUAAACGAGACAUCCGUCUUUCAGGAAGGAGGGAACAAAAAGAAGGGCAGCGGACAGAGAUUGGGGGCGGUGGUGCAAUGGCUGGGGUUAAAAGAGUGGUCAGUGAAAAUAACAACAUUAAAGGGAGCAGGGCAGAUAGAAAGCUAAAAAAUGCCCACUUGUCCAAAUAAAAGGAUUACAAUAUAAUCAUCAAAAACUUAACAGCCUGAGUACACAAUAUGUGUCACAGUAGGCAUUUAGCUGCAAAAUAAUAUUUUGCAUUGUAUUUAUUACUUUAGUAGUGUUUUUUUUUUUUUUUUUUAAAUAGCGGCUGAAUUUUGUGUCAGUUUUGAAAGAUGUAAUUGUUCAGUUUUAUAAGUUUAUCCUUUGUUUUGCAAAUGAAGGUUAUUUAUUUAAUAUGUGAAAUUUUUAAUAAAUUUUAUUUGGACGUAAGUCCUGGAUAAAGACAGUUCUUGUAAAUGUUUUCCUAAAAUCUUAAUUUACACUUAAGGCCUAUACAUGAUAAAUCUGAUUAAGAUGUGAACAUUAGUGUUGAAGUCAUUUCUGCUAUCCUGUUGCCAGCAACCUGUAAUUUAAAGUUUGUUUGGACCUAAUAUAGUACUAAGAUAUAUUAAAGAAUGUAUAUUUUUGACAUGAAUAAUGAAUGUUUUGUAAUGGCUAUAUGUAUUUUUGUAAUGUCUUGUAUAGAAGGGCUUUUCUCUGUUGAAUUUAAGCAAUCGUUUUUUGCUAUUUUGUCCGUCUUUGUCUUAUUUAUUGCCCUUUGGUACUUGUUAAACAACAUGUGUAUAUAUUGCCUGAUCAUGUAUAUUUGGGGCACUCUGUAUUUUGAGCAAUAUCUCGUAUUAGCUAGCUGGAGUUUAAUGUUCUGUUGUGGUAUGUUAAGGAGAUGCAGUUGUUUAUGUAUGUUCUACAACCCCAAUUCCAAAAAAGUUGGGAUGCUGUGUAAAGCAUAAAUAAAAACAGAAUACAAAUCCU